GAGAGAGAGAAGGAAAGAGAGAGAGAGAGUCCAACCGUGACUGUGUGAGAGAGAGAGAGCGACAGAGGAGUCCCACCCAGAAUUACCAAACCGCUUUCUCUCCUCUUCAAACUCGGUCACAGUCCGGCACGUCACUCUUUAUCAGUCGCCGGCGAUAAGUUUCGCCGCCGGGGACAUGUGCCUUCUCGCUCUCACCCACCGACGAAGCUUUUCUCGAUUACCGGAAGGAAGGAAUCUAGAUGGUCUAAAUUAGUGGGAUGGGCCCUGAAUUGGAGCUGAAACGAAAUUCAAAUUCUGCAAUGGAAGUUUCAGCUGUGAAGGAGACUGGUGUGAUCCGUAUAGACCCGGAAGAGACGUUUAUCCCUUGUGUGAGUAACUACAAGGAAAAUAUUUUUAACAUGGAUGAAUUGUGUGCGAAACAGACUACUACAUUGAAUAGGAUCGAGAAUCAGGAGAUAAAUAUUACAGAAUGUUCUGGUCCAAAUGAAAACGUUCAGAUAGUUGAAAAUGAAUGCCAGGAUUUGACAGAGAGCUCGAGUUCUUUUGGUGAUACAGUAUCUGGGACAGAGAAUGGUUCAAUGUUGGAUGGUGAUGAAGUUGAAUCGCAGUAUUGUGAAAAUCCGUCAGUGUCAUUAUAUGAUGGUUAUUCUGAUGCAUUUCAUACAAGGAAAAAAAAGUUGACUGCUCACUGGAGGAAAUUUAUACGGCCUCUUAUGUGGCGCUGUAAAUGGCUAGAACUGCAGAUUAAGGAACUUCAGUCCCAAACCCUGAAAUAUGACGCAGAACUUGCAGAAUAUGAUAAACUAAAGCAGUAUGAAUUUGGAGGUUACACAGCAGAAGGUUUUGAUGGAAAGUCAAUACCAUUUUCAAGUCACAUUCAAAGAAGCAAACUCAUGAAAAGGAAGAAAAGAAAGAGAGUUGAAGAUACUACUGAUAUAGUGUCAUUUACGUCAAACCAUACACUGUUUUCCUAUUAUGAAAAUAAAAAGUCUGGUGCUAAUGGUGGUUCCAUGGAAGAGGAUUGUGGUAAUUUAGUGGGUAGAAGUACACAUGGCAUAAAUGAGUUUGAGAUUGAGUUCAGAGAUGGUGAUAGUACCUUGGAAGAUAUUCUUCGGAAGAUUGAAGUGGUACAUUCACAAGUCUGCCGGUUGAAGACCCGAAUUGACAAGGUGGUGAAGGAAAAUCCUGCAUUGUUUGGCUCUGCUCUAAGUCCUGCUCAGAGUCCUGCUCUUGAAAGUGGGAAUGAAUUACUAGCGGAAACUCUACCAUAUGCAUCUCAGCAUAUAUCUGAGUGUAACACUGGACCUUUACUUUUGCCUAGUAGUGCAGUUUCAAGUCUUGAAGGGCUAAACCUUCUUCCUGCUAAAAUGGGGAACACAGAUCAGCCUUUGAUUGGCACUGAACAGGAAAAUGCUGUGGACAGAUACCUUGUACCCAAUGCAUCUGCCAAGAAAGAGCCACACGAUUUUGAAAACAAUAAUGAUCAAGUCAUAGAGAAGCCUCUCCUAUCAAGUGCUCAGCAGAAAACUAAUUUCUCUGUUCCAGCUUCCAAAACUGUGCCAAAAAAAUCCAGCAAACCUAAUGCAACUGAACAACCUGGUUCCACUACAAGGACUGAAUUCCCUUGGAACACAAGAAAUCGUGGGAAGCGUAAACCUGGUUCGUAUAGGUUGAGCCGGAAAUCGUAGAGUUAGUUGCACUAGAUGUGACUAAAUAUCAUCUGUUAUGAUAUUAUUGUAUAUGGUGCUUAUUCUGCUGUACAUGCUCAGCUCUCUGACAUGCAAAUAUGAUUUCAUCUGUACAUGCUGCUCAAUUAGGCAGACACACUUGCCCUGUUGCUCAAUUAGGAAAGUUUCACAACCUGAUGAUGUUUUUGUGUAAUUGAUUUUGGGCAUUAUGCAUCAAUCAUCCUUGUGUUAUAUUGUAGAGCAAUGUAUAGUUUUU